AUGGCCAUCUCUGUUCCCAACUCCCGUAGCCCGACGCGGCUGGCUUUGGACGACAAAGGCGGAAAUCCGCCAAAGCAGAGCAUGUGGCACCGGUUGGGAUUGCGAAAAUUAUGGCAGGGCCGCGACGAUCAUCGAGACACGUCUGCCGGGGAGAGUCAAGACGAGAUUUCCCCCCGCCCUUCUUCUGACAACUCGCGUACCAAACAAGACAAUUUAACACGUCGACUCUCGCGAAAAGUUGGCGUCGGUCUACCCCGAGCCACCCCCUUUAAACGACAAAGCUCCGAUCUCGAGCGACUGGCUCCUCGAGAACCUGAUCAUCGCCGUGCCCUCUCCGCCGACCGCCGCCCCUUGACCACCCAGAGAAGUAGGUCUCCACCGCCCACCGUGGGCCCCAGACUGUCCGCGCCCGAAGUUCAGUGGCUCGGCCCGACGCCCACAACCACGGUCGAUGACCCUCCCGAACCAGAAUCCGAAACGAACGAUGCCCACGAGAUUGACGAUAUCCCAGUAAAUACGCAUCCCUAUUCGGGAAUGGAGACGGAUAAUUUCGGGGUGCCAGAGGAGGAAGAUGACGGCUCAAUCGAUCUGGAGAUGGAGCUGGAACAACGGUGGAUUUUGAACCUGAGCAUGCACUUCCGAGAUGGGACAGAGCGAGAGAAAUUCUUUGUGACGUACGCGGAGACACCGAACCGAUGGCGCCGAGUAACGAUUUCCUGCGAUUACCACGAUGCACCACCCUAUUCACUGGAGCGGGAAUUGAAGGAGCUGCGGUAUCAACGCGACAAAUGCGCGCGCAUCUACGAAUCCAUUCGCGAGUCCCUUCUUGCGAUCCAAUUCUAUGAAGGUGUCACGAAUCUCAGGCUCGAGACGAGCGAUGGCCGCUUACAUGUUCAUGUGACGGAGGACGUAAACGAAACAAUCCCAUACCCGCCUAUCUCCAGUGUGAGGCAUUUGGUCAAUGCCCCUAUGAUCCCCGAGGACUUGUUGCAUUUCGAAUCUCAUUUAUCCGGCUUUGUUUACAAAAUAAACCUGGACGGACGUUUUUUUAUCAAGAAGGAAAUACCGGGCCCCGACACUGUGGACGAGUUCCUUUACGAGAUUAACGCUUUGCAUGCGCUAAAAGACCGUCCAAGUGUGAUCCAGGUGGAAGGAAUCGUUGUCGAUGAGUGGCGAGGUGUUGUCAAGGGCUUGCUGAUUAGCUAUGCAGAAAAUGGCGCACUGGUAGACAUUCUGUAUGAGCAACGCGGAAAAACGAGCUUUGCACGACGCGAACGAUGGGCAAAGCAGAUUGUCCAGGGUCUUUGUGAGAUCCACGAAUCGGGCUACGUGCAGGGCGAUUUCACCCUCGCGAACAUUGUGGUGGAUGCAGACGACAACGCCAAAAUCAUUGAUAUCAACCGCAGGGGAUGUCCAGUGGGAUGGGAGCCGCCGGAAAUCGCCGCUAAGAUCGAGAGCAACCAGCGCAUCUCCAUGUAUAUUGGCGUCAAGACAGAUCUCUUCCAACUGGGCAUGACGCUGUGGGCAUUGGCGAUGGAGGAGGACGAACCUGAACGACAACCGCGACCUCUUAGAAUGGGCGACGACGCGAAGAUUCCAGACUAUUACCGACGGAUAGUGGACAUCUGUUUAAGCCCGACUCCGCGACAUAGGCUCUCUGCGAAAGAGCUUUUCUCAAUGUUCCCCCCACUGCCGGAAGCACGGGUAUCAACGCCUGUUCGGUCACUGGAGGACAUUGCCAACGAGUCCAGGCACUUACCAAUCAGGAACUGGGCUCAGCCUCAGCCGGGAAUGAUGCAGCAAGAUGGCCACUAUUACUCCGAAAAGGAAUUUUCGGAAGAUUCCUACGGUAAUCUGCAGCACUCCAUAUUCUCUGAAAAUCACGACCUCCUCCAGCGAUCAACAAUACCUCUCGCAGAAUCGAAUGGAGACAUGGGGUUCUCAUCUAAGCCAUCUUCUUCCUCUACCUUGAAUCACCACGAACCUCACAGCCAUGACGAGUACAUGGAUUUCUCCCGCCAAUUCAAUGAUGGCUCGUCACUUUACCCACCUUCUUAUAGUCAGAAUCCAGAAGCUGCUCCAGUUUCUCAGACAAGGUCAAUGGACAAUGGCUUCCACAACCAGCCAGUGGAACUAUCGGCCUUUCCAAAUGAGCCUGUCUAUCUCGAAAGUGCCCCUAUGAAUAAUCAGCAAGAGACACUCAAUGAGCCGACCUAUCGUAGGGGCUCUCCAAUUACCGCACCUUCACUCCCGCCCCCCGUCAGCACAUGUCUUGCUGAAUCGCAGAACCAGAACGCUCUCAACCCACCCAGUCCAAAGGCCGCCAAUGACGAGGGUAAACUUGAAGCCUCAGCUUUGCCAAUUAACCCUACUUUGCGUGACUCCAGUAAAUCAAGUGGCACUCAGGACAUCCCUUUUUCGACAAUUCCGUCUUCAAUUAAGCAAGCAAAGCAAGACGGUGUGGAUCGGCCAUGUGCGAAGUUCGCCAAUGACCAGGAUGACCUUGAAUCCUCAUCUUUGCCCCUCAGCCCUAACUUCCGUGACUCUGAGGGUUUUAUUAGCCUUCGAUUUGGGAAAGCUUCUCCUAUCGACUCACCAAAGGAGAAGAAUGCAGACUUACCAUGCGCAAAUGUCGAAACCGAACCUAAAUCAACUGAGCCAUUGCCCUCAUUAUCAUCUCCAUCUCUCUCGGAACUACCUAUCAGCCCUACUUUCCAUUCUUCUAAAACUUCCCUCGGCGCUUUGGGCACCACUUCAUCGCUGAACUCUUUGCCUGUCGAACCGUUAAGGCAGGAUAACUUCAAUCGACCACGUGCAGAGGCUACCACCUGUACCAAGCCUAUACCCACAACACAAUCCAACUCAACAUCUUCCCAGCUUCGCCCGACAUCGUCGGCCAAUCCUACUCUAGCUCGCUCUGAGCCUUCACCCGAGCUUCCAAGCGUCCCUCAAUCAGUGAAAUCUUCUCCUAUCGAGCCACCGAAGCAAACUUAUACGAAUUCACCGUGUGCAAACACCGGUAUUAAACCCAAACUUACCGAGCCAUCGCCCUCCACAUCAAGUCUGGCCCGUUCGGAAUUGCCUAUCAGCCCAACAUUCCGUUCUUCCGUGACUCCCAUCAACACUCCAAGUUCCCCUUCAUCACAGGGCCCUUCUCCUACUGAGCCACCAAAGCCGGAUAUGCUCUAUGAAAACGAUAUCACACCCACAUUACCGUCAACACCACCUCGACUUCCCUCAAUGCACAUUUCCCACCUCCGCCACACCGGGGCUUCCAUUGGCCCUCUACCAUUCGCUACAAGUCCAUCUGUCGUUGGAAUUGGACUGCUAAGACGGCCAUGGGAAAACCCAUCUGCAAAUAAUCCAGAUGUCAAGUCCACCUCGACAAUGCCAUUAGGGUCAGUCUCAUCCCUCAACCCUCAGACUUCAAAGAAGCAAGAGAGCGCCAAAAAAUACUCCAACCCCAUCGAACCGCAGGAGAAUGAACAUUCACUGAACUCCAACUCAAAUCUGCUGGGUUCGAGAUUGCCAAUCAGUCCCGCCCACCCAAAUUCAACGCCUAGUUCGACUUAUCUUGGGGUUCAUGGCUCACCUUCAAGUCAGGCCAAACCGGGCAUUUUGAGCCAGGCACGUUUUUCCUCGAAUCGAAUAUAG